GAAAUGUAUAAACAGACUUUGUGUAAUUGGAAGUGAAAUGAACUUAAAAUUGUUAGUGAUUAAAAUAUCAACAGAACAUAAAUUUUAAGUGAAAUCUGAGUUUAGUGUAAAUAAAUUUUCAAAUCAUUUUACAAUCGAUUUAAGUCAUAAAAUCCAGCUUCAAGUUAAUUCCGACCUACGCAUUGAAGAGUUCGCCAUAUGGAUUAGAAAGCAAUUUGUAAUCAGAUUGACGAUUGAGUAAAAUCAUUCAAUGAAUCUCGUGCUGAACGGAUAUGACAGAAAAGGAUCAUUGUAUUUUGCUUAACAAAAAUCUAUGAAACGUCUUAUUUGUUCUAUGUUGGAAAAACACAUUUAAUCCUAUUCCUUCAUACAAGUCCAUCAGAAAAGCAUCAGGAUGAUGUCGACAUCAAUAUCACCAUUGAAAGCUAUGGAAGGUCUUACAUUUCCACCAAACAUAUCGAAUGAAACGAUGCACGAGUUUCUGACGAUAUGGAUGAAUAUGGAACUAAUGAAAAAUGGCACAAAGAAUACAAAAACACCAAAUGAGACGACAGAUAAUUGUUUGCAUUAUUGUGAACACAAUAUUCGAGAUUUCUUUACACAGUAUCAACUUUAUCAUGGCUACAUUACACUUGUCAUUUGCAUUUUUGGUACAAUUGCCAACAUCCUGAACAUCAUAAUAUUAACAAGAAAAGAAAUGUCAAAGACACCAAUAAAUUCAAUAUUAAAAUGGCUUUCUGUAUGUGAUAUGUUUGUUAUGAUUGAAUAUAUUCCUUACACGAGUCAUCAAUAUAUUUCUUUAAAAGGCAAAUCAGACAACUCCUACCUGUGGACAUUUUACCUCUUAUUUCACAGUCAGUUCUCACAAAUACUUCAUACGAUAUCAAUUCUGUUAACUGUGACGUUGGCUGUUUGGCGAUAUAUUGCUAUUAAGCAUCCUCAUGGAGUACUAGGCUAUUGUGCCCAAAAUCAUCAUGGUCGUGCAAUAUUCUUCUGUUUUUUAUUAGCACCUGUGCUUUGUCUACCAGCAUUCUUUGUGUUCGACAUACAGGAUAUAUCGGAACAUAACAAGACAAUGUAUCAAUUAGAUGCCAGUGAAGAUUCAAAAUUAUACAGAAUUAACUUCUGGAUUCAUUCAGUCAUAAUCAAACUGUUGCCGUGCUUUAUAUUGACGAUAAUUAGUUUCGUCUUAAUUGAUGUCUUAUGUCGUGCAAAUAAGCGCAAACUUAAGCUGAAAGGAUACAGUGCUCCUCAAGCAGCAGCUACAACUGUAACAAAUGGACAAAGGCCAUCAAAAAUCGAUCGAAGAACAGAUCGAACAACAAUGCUUCUAGUUGCUGUCCUAUUACUGUUUCUUGUUACCGAGUUUCCUCAAGGCAUUUUGGGUUUAUUGAGCGGAAUAUUAGGAAAAUGCUUUUUAAAACGAUGUUAUCUUAUAUUUGGAGAAAUGAUGGACCUCCUCGCACUAAUAAAUGCUGCCAUUGGAUUUGUAUUGUAUGGCAGCAUGUCAAAGCAAUUCCGGAUCACGUUCAAAUCCUUAUUCAUGAGAAAACGUCCACAAAAGAUCGAAUUAACGAGAGUUACAAACAUGAAUCAUACAACGACAAAUGUCUGACAUGUAGUUGAUCUGGUAUGUCGAUUCUUUGGUCUCGAAUUGAGAUCAUCUGCACAAUAAAUAAGAUUUAAAUUAAUUUUAUAGAACUAAAAUUUAAUAUUAUAAAUUGUAAGGGAAAAAAGUUGAGAAUUUAAUUAAAAAAUGACUAAACAAAUAUUUUUUAUUGAAAAAACUAAGGUCUUAAAUUGUUCAUAGUCGGUACUUACAUUUUAAUGCUGCACGUAUAUUUAUUUAAAUGUAAACUAAUUGGGAUCAAGUGAGAUUUGAGGAACCUUCUAGGAAUUCAGGAUUUUUAUUUUUAUUGAUUCCCGCAGCAUAAAAAUUAUUUGGGAUCUAUGAAUUAAGGAUAUUGAAAAGUUUCAAAUAAAAAAGCAUGACUAGCGCAUUUUUUUACAAUACAUAAAGGAAUAAAAAUAAAUAAUAUUAUAUAGAAUCUAUAUUGGAGUUUUCCAAUCAAUACAUCAACUCCCUGGCUAUGGAACAGUGUUGUGGUCUUAAUUGACCAAAGCUAAGAAUAUGAAAGAAGUUUUUCAUAAAGUUAUUGACCAAAAUGUAAAAAAAUUGAAAUUUUUUUGUAAAAAUGCGCUAGUAACCUUGCAAGAUUUAUUCAAUAUCAGAUCCGAACUCAACUUUUGUGCUGUUUGGCUACCAACAUAACUUGUUGAAAACUUUAUUACUAUGAAUAAAAAUUAUUUGUUAAGAAUUCACUAUUAAAAAGAUUAAAAUGUUUCCAAAAAUAAAACUGUAGAUAUUAAUUAAGCCUAUUUUUUGUUAAUUUUGCACGAAACAUCGCAAAAUUUUCAUUGAUACGACUUUCAGUCAUGAAAUUAAUUAUCGAAUGUUUAUGGUUAAAAUUAUUCAAUUUAUGUGAAUUAAUUCUUUAUUGAGUUCAUUUUGAUUAAAAAUAAUUAAAGCUUCAUAGGG